CUAAGGAUAUGGGGGAAAAUGAAGGUGGCAAAUGCAGCGCUGCUGGGACACUGAUAUUAGUGUUUCUAUUACCAGAAGAAGUCAUGUAACUUCUGACCCCCGCUGAGGGGAAAAAUGACCCUAGGAAAGGGGAACCAAGGCUCUGCUGCUGAACCAGGGCUGCUGCUGUCCCUUUCCUUCUUCUCCAAUUCUUCACUGGGUGGGAGGAAGUCAGGGUACUUGUGUGUGGAGACUAGCUACCACAAGAUAACCAUUUGGCUGUGUUUAGUGGGGAGCUGUUCCCCUGGAACUGGAGAAGACUGAGCCUUUAGCAAGGAUGCAGGAUGGGAACAGCAACUCAAAAUCAGGUUGGAUGCAGGAGGUUAGUGAAAGGUCAGAGGGGAGCUUUUGCUGGCAAGCCACUGCAGAGCCGCCCGGCCGCGAGACGAGCGUAAAGUAGCUCCAGGACAGAAGAAACUCCGGCCCCCGCCGCUGACAGAAGUGCAACUCCGCGCCCUGCCCAGCGGCUUCGGCCCUUCCCCGCCCUCCCCCGUGCCGAGAUGCAGCCAGCCACCACCAGAGGACGGGGUAGGACCCCCCGCCCGUCAGCCAGCAGGAGCUGCCCGGCCCGGGACGAGCCGGUCCCGAAAUAAGAGCGGAGAGCCUACAGCUGGGGGGGCCCCGGCCCACCCGCAGCCCUCCUCCCUCCGGCCCCGCCGAGAGCCGCCCGCCGCCUCGGGCGCAGCCGCCAGGUCAACCCGCCGGGCCGGGGGCGCGAUGGCCCUCACAGUACCCCGGCUUUGCCCCGGGGGCGGCCAGCCCCUUCCUCUUCUCCUUCCCACCGCCGAGCCCCGCGCCGGAGCCCCCCUGGCACAGCCUCUUCGCCGCGUCCUGCCGGGGGCCGAGAGCCCCCCUCCCCGGAGCGCCUGAGCCCCGGCCCCCGGAUCAGGGAUCCCGGCCCCCCGAUCAGGGAUCCCAGCGGAUCGGGGAUCCCGGCCCUGCUCCGUGCCCGGCGUUCCUGCAGCCCUCAGCACGCCGAUCUGCCCAGAAGGACGCCGAGAGCUCAUCUCCCCCCACUCCCGCUGCUACCCCCGGAGCCAGAGGAGGGCUCGUCCCUGGGGCCGGAGGCUGUUCUCUGUGCAUUGGGAUUAACGGACCCGGACGGUGCCUGGCUACGGCCGUGCAUGAGCCUACAGACCCCCGGGCGGCGAGCUACAGAGUUAGAAAGAAACCCGGUAUCUGUCACGCUGUGGAGGGGUGAAAUAAACCCUGUACAACCAGCAACACCAGCCCAAGCCUUCCUGCCUUCUUGCAACCAACUUUACCCCACUCCCCCCAGCCGUGAGAUUUCCCUCCUUUCCUCCUCCCUCCGCUCUCCUUCCCUCGGAGGCUGCAGGAUGAGGCUCUUCCUUCUGUCUGCCUCAGGGUAAAAGCGUACCCUGGGGGCAGCACCACACAUCUGGCAGGGACUUGAAAGGUUUUAAUCCAGCCUCCAGCUGCAAUCAACAAUGGCCAAUGAACCGGUGAUCCUGAAUGUCUAUGAUAUGUACUGGAUAAAUGAAUACACCUCCACCUUGGGGAUUGGUGUCUUCCACUCUGGCAUCGAGAUCUACGGCAGAGAGUUUGCCUAUGGAGGGCAUCCCUACCCUUUCAGUGGGAUUUUCGAGAUCACACCUGGCAGCGCGGUAGAGCUUGGCGAGACCUUUAAAUUCAAAGAAUCCAUUGCCUUGGGCACCACAGACUUCACAGAAGAAGAUGUGGAUAAGAUUAUGGAAGAACUGGGCAAGGAGUACAAAGGCAACGCGUACCAUCUGAUGCACAAGAACUGUAAUCACUUCUCUGCGGCUCUGGCUGAGAUCCUGUGCGGGAAGGAGAUCCCCCGCUGGGUGAACCGCCUGGCCUACUUCAGCUCCUGCAUCCCCUUCCUCCAGAGCUGCCUCCCCAAGGAGUGGCUGACCCCGGCAGCCCUGCAGAGCCACAUCAGCCUCGGGCUCCACAAGGAGGAGCAGGGGGACACAACGGAUGAGGAGUCCCCCUCCACCUCCGCCGCCCCCUCAGCCUCAGGCACCUCGCGAACCUGUAGGCAUACCCGGGUCUAAGCUGUGCCCAGUAUGCUCUCUAAUAACAUUCUCCUCUCUCCUGUACUAUUUCUUCCUCACUCACCCUUUCACACACCUUGGUUUCUCUCUUUUCUUCACCUGACAACGCAGGGGAAGGAAGACCCCUGCUACUGAGGAGGAGAAGCUUCAGACCCUUUUCGAAGGGCUGCCAUGACAGUUGUUUGCCAAAACAAUUGUGAACUCCAACACUGAGCUGAGGAGUGUGGCAACUAAGCUGGAUUUUCCUCCUGGGAUCCUCAUGCUCCUCGAUCCAUGGAGAACUGCUGGCUCUCAGGCACGAGAGCACAUGUAGGAGCGGGGGGCACCAUACUGUGACGUUCCUCCUCUGGAGCAGUUUUAUCUUUUUAUCUCUUCCCCCACCCACUUGAGCCCAGCAGCCUCCACUCUAUUUUGGCUGGGGUUGCCAUUCCCAAAUGGCAAAUUUCCUGCCCACACCCAGUGAAGGAGGCAGAGCCAGAACUCAACCUCAUCUCUUAGACCAGCAACAAGCUCCACUCAGCCCCAUCCCUUUUGUAAUUAUCAGGUUUCUAACUCACGUGAAGGACAAAUGAAAGGUGCUGCUGUUCUACAAACACCAGUUUUCAGUACUCAAGUUUAAGAGCUCGAAUGACAGUCCUGCUCUUGAAAAUAAUAACAAAGAGAACCUAGAAAAUGAAUGUGUUACUGUGGCUUUUCUUUGGGGUCAAAAAAAGGAUGGGGCUAGUGCUUAAAGGCAGCUGCUAAGUAGGUGCAGAGAUGACUGUUGACCAUAUUGGUGCUUUUUGGCACAGACUCCUCUCAGUUCCCCUAUUUCUAGGCAGUGUUCCUGGUUUCCUCUUUUUCCCUUUCCCCAGGCUGGCAAAUCUGUCUCCUAGCUGAUGGUUGCUGGCUGUCUUUGGGGGAAAUGGCCUUCUGGAGCAGUAAGGUGAGGAGAAGGAAUCUGCUGGGAAGAUCAGUACUUCCUUCAGCUUGUUCUGCACUCAUGAGACCUAAAAGGUGUCUCCCAAGCCACCCUUUCCCAGCCUAUUUUAGAGCCAACCAAGAAGGUAACGAAUAAGUGGCAAACCCAAAGAAUGUCAAUGUGUUUCCUUCUCCUCCCUUUCUGGAGGUGGAGGGGGAAACCUAGGGCCACAUCAGGAAAGCAUGGAUGACCCUUCCCAUGCAUGGGCCACCAUGGUGCCUUCUGUUGUGUGCACUAUUUCAAAUGGCAUGAAAAAUGGGCAGAGCUGGCUCACUAGUCUCUCCAGGCCAGCUCUUGGCAAAAAUCUGGUCUUUGGAUGUUUUUCUGCUCAUUCUGAUGGCUGACAAGGAAGCUGAGGAGGGAGAAAAGGACACAUACGCCAACUCUUGCACUCAGUUACCUCACUAGGAGUUCUAUUCAGAUAAUGUGGGAGAGCAUCAAAGGGGAAAUCCAGACCCCACUUUCUCCCUUUUAGCUCCUCUUGGCCACACAAAGGAGGAUGAAAAAGGAACAGGCCCAGGGUUGACAGAAGGUUUCCGUUUUAGAAAUGCUGUUCUCAACAGCUGCUACCAAGUCAGGACUUCCUCCCUCCACCCAAAAAAACCUACAAGCGCUUAAGAUGGGUUGUCUCCUUUCAUUGGUUGCUGUAAGACCAAGAGUGUGCUAAGUCCAACUAUCUGUUUCUUUAGCUCAGGUAUACAGAAGUGUGUGCUUUCAUGGCUGGCUAUGCUGUACAUUGUGUCUGCAUGGGCAGUGCUUAAUGGUUUGUUACAUGUGCACACUCUUCAUGAAGAAAGAGGCUUUGGCUUUGGUGAGAUGUAUCGUAUGGAAAUACAAUGCACAGGAUGGUCUCACUCCACUGCUUCCUGGAGUGAUGUGUGUGUGUUUGGGCAACAAACCUUUUACAACACACCUCUCAUUUUUAUCAUCUGAACAAAUUGCUGCAAGUUCUGUACUGAACUAAAGUCAUGUUCCUUACUAACCUUGGCUACUCACAGCCAACACUGCAUUGUGAGCAAUUCUGCAGCUCCUGGUAUCCAAUCCAGCACCAAUCUUGAUUACCCUGGCUUGUCCAGGGAUGUUUAAUAAGAUUUCUAUCCUAUUCUCCAUCCUGCUGCCCAGAAACAUUACACAAUGUACUGUUGUGUACUCUCUUCCCCUGGAGUCAUGGUCACUGUAGCCUAAACCAGCAGCGCAAGCUCCAUUUUUCUGAAGUUCCCAGGGUGCCUGCCAAUAGCCAGCAGCACAGUACGUGCAGUGAAUUUUCAAAUCUCUUUUUAAAGUCCUUCUCUGGAGGGAAGUGCGAAAAGGCUUUUCCAGAGCUUCCAUGCAGGCCAGGGAAACUGCAGUCAGAAACGCCUCGUUCCUGACGUGGCGCCAGCCAGCCAGCCAGCCCUUGGGUUUCCAUUCAGCACCUGAGCUCCAUGUAAAACUUCAUGCACGUUUCAUGAGGAAAGCGGCACGUUUCAUGAGGAAAACCCUCUCACAGUAUUUCACAAAGUAAAAUGUUUAACUGGCUGUACUGUAACACAGACAAGAAAGCUGCACUCAACCUUCCUGGGGACAUGACUAUGUGCUUGAAGUGUUGGGAGUGACACUUGGGAAGAGCUGUCAGUGUCAUAAAAAACAGAUGUUUGUUUAUCUACUUUUAUGUUUGUCAGUCUGUUUAUGGCAGUCGGGGUCAUAACAAGGAGGCCUCUGUCAUAACUGAAAAAAAAAUGAAACCUCUGUCAUAAUUCAAAACCAGAAUAUAUUCUAGUCUUCAAAAAGGUUCCUCCCCACCCCUCUCUGUUCAAGGUGAUUGACCAACAAUGUCAAGAACAAAGGCACACUGUGGAAAUAAAAUAUAUAUUGGUGAUAGCUUUAUCUCUGUAAUUUAACAGCAUUUUAGAUUAUUAAAAAUGAAAACAUU